CUCAUUUGUUUUUAAAUGUGGAAACCCAUCGUUUUGGACGUUGAGUGCAUCGUUUGUAAUAAAACGUUGCAAAAAAUCAACCACGAUCCGCGUGAGAUAUCAAGAGAAAUGGGGAAAAUUACUAAUCGCCGGUCAAGGACUCCAAAUUGGUCGCUUCAGGAAAAACAACAUUUGCUUGAAUUAAUUAGAGAACGAAAAGAAGUCGUCGUAACGAAGAGUAACAAUGGACCUAAUUAUUCAGAAGAAAAGGAUGUGGCUUGGAAUGCGAUACUUCGCGAGCUUGCUAUUAAGUUUGGAGAUAAGUUUAUAGGCAGUUCUACAAAGAAAGUUAAGACACAGUGGCAAAACAUGAAAAGAAUCGCCCGCGAAGAAAUCGCAUUAAAUGGACCUGAAUUACACAAGUACACGAAGCUGUCUUUGGAAGUGUGUGAAAUUCUAGAAUUAUUGAAAGAUGGUGUAUUGAAAAAUGUGAGUGAGCAUGAUAGUACACUUACCACUGAUGUGGAAAUAAAGGCUGAACGCAUUGAGGAGGAAAAUAUUCAACCAGAAUGCAUUAAUUUUACCAACAGCUCUACCGAUAUGGAUGUUCAAGUGGUCAAUGAAAACAACUUAAAUUCCUUAAAUCAAUUUGAUGUGACCGGUUCCUCUAGCUCAGAUAACAAUGAUCUCAAUGAACUGGUAAUAGAUGAAUCCAGAAUUUGUAAUGAAACUAAUGAAGAAAAACUGAUUGAAGUAAAACACACAGCCUCUAUGACUGACAUAUCAAUGCAAGACUUAACAUUUCUUAAUCUCAAUAAAGAAUAUUUCAAAUACACAGAGGAGGAAAAAGCUCUUAAGAUAGAGUCACUGAAAGAAGAAAGACAGGUGGUCAGAGCAAUGAGAGAGACGGCAGAACUGAAUAAAAUUACUGCUGAGCAAAGAUUAAAACAUGUUUUGUGGGUCAAGAAGCAAGAAAUGUCAAUGUACUCUGGAGAACCCGGAUCUGGUGCCGGCAAGGGUGGCGGUGGCGGUGGUGCCAUCCGUGAAGCCGGCGGUGCCUUCGGCAAGAUGGAGGCUGCUCGGGAGGAUCAAUACUUCUACAAGAAGCAACAGGAACAACUCGCCAACCUGAAAGGGCACUUGAGCAAGGAGAUUGCGUUCCACCAGGAGCAGAUCAAGCGCCACGAAGAUGCCAUCCGCCGUCACAAGGAGCAGAUGGCUGAGGUGAAAGAAUAAAUCUGUGGUGAGGCGUCUCAGAAGGCAGACAACUCUUAGAGACAUGACUAGUACUAACAACUCUUGGGAAAGAUUACUGGCUUACCUGUAUACAGAUGUAGUGCAUAAUAGGGUAUUCUCCUACUAGUCAAAUCAGUUUCUUUUUUAUAACUGUCAAAACGAUUUGCUAAUAUGGAAUUUAUAUGAAACAUAACAUAGUCACGUCACUGACAACACAACUCGCCUACUUUUUAUAUUUCUAUCCGAUUUAUUAAAUAAAUAUUGUUUAAAAAUAACUGCUAUCUAUGUUUUCCUAAUAAUCUGGUGCUUUAUUUCAUGCAUGGUGUGAAAUAAUUUAUUUAAAAUACAGUCAAAUACCCUAUUGUUUUCCGUCGUAUUUUCUCGAAAACGUUCGUAUUUGUAAUGCUACUUCAGUCAACCUCAGUACUGAGACUGACUGAAAUAGCAAGACACGUUCGUACGUUUCCGUGAAAAAACAUUGGAAAAGAAUUAUGCACUACAUCUAUCUGUACGUGACUGAUGUCAUGCUAUGUGUAAAACUGUAGACUACUGAUUUAUAAUUACUCACUAAUUACUAUAUUAACUGCAAUGCAUGCGAAAUAUAAUCAAUUGUGAUUUCUGUUUCUAUGUUACCCUUUUGCAUCACUGUUGGUGGAUUUUCUUUUAUGGUACAAAACAAAAGGUUAGCAUGAACAGAAAUAAAUAUGUAUGCAUUUAGCAUUUUAUACAUACUUUUUAAAUAGUGUUUAUCAAUUUCAAAUUUUAAUAAUAAUAGUUGAAUGCUAGUCAUUAUAAAUCAGUGGUUACUAUAGAUCUAGGUUACAACUCAUGUCUUAGACCUUUGGACAUUAUAAUGUAAUGUUGCAAUAUCUAAAAGGUUAUAUAAUUAUGUUUAAGGAUGUUACUUAUUUUUUGCUUUUAUUUUGUUUAGCAGUAGUUUGUAUGGAAGGAUAACGCUAUUACAUAAUUCUUAAAUCUGC